GCUGAGGGCACCCAGGGUCACAUGUGCACAGCUGACGGGGGGCGGCAGGGGGUUUCUGGGCUCCCCUCGCGCCUCCCAGUGGAGCGGGGAGACUGCCCGGGCCGCCCCCUGAGCUCGGAGGUGGCUGGCCCCGCCUCCGUUUCCCCACAGCUACAGCUCGGCUCCGCGGCGGGGCGGUGCUCAGUCCCGCCUGGCCCCGGUUCCGUGCCGUGUCCGUGUGCAGGGAGCCCCCCCCGGGCCAUGGCGUCCGCGCUCGGCGCCCUCUGGCUGCUGCUGGCCGCCGCCUUCCUCGCCGCGCUGCUGCUGGAGCUGCUGCAGGCCCCGUGUGCGGGAGCCGGCCUCUUCCAGGACCUGACCCGCUACGGGAAGACCAAGAGCGGCCGCGGGCAGCGCCCAGCCUGGCUGCGGCUUCUGGAUGUGCCCAAGAGGUGGUUUUCUCACUUUUAUAUUCUUUCUGUGGUCUGGAACGGCUUCCUGCUCCUAUUGCUUAUUCAAGCUUUGUUCCUAUCAAGACCUUUCCCAAUAUGGCUUCAGGAUUUGCUCAGUGCUAUUGGUGGAGCUUCGCAGAACCAGGAUGUGGGUGACGAACACCUGUCUGCCCUCCUGGUUCUCAUGCUCCUGUGGCUACACAGCUUUCGAAGGCUCAUAGAGUGCCUGUGCAUCAGUGUCUUCUCCAGUGGUGUCAUUCAUAUCUUACAGUACUGCUUGGGACUUGGGUACUAUAGUGUUAUUGGCUUAACGGUGCUGUGUCAAGUGCCAGCUAAUGUCAGCAAUGGGAAAGACCUCUUUAUGCAGAUCUGCUGGUACCACAUCCUAGGAAUUAUGAUGUACAUUUGGGCCUCUGUUCACCAACAUAGAUGCCAUGUGAUUCUAGCUAAUCUUAGAAAAAGUAAAUCAGGAAAGGUAGUAAGCUUGAACCACAGCAUUCCUUUUGGAGACUGGUUUGAGAGAGUAUCUUGCCCACAUUAUUUUGCUGAACUCCUAAUAUAUAUAGCCAUGGCCAUCAUAUUUGGAUUUCAAAACUUAACCUGGUGGCUUGCAGUAAUGUUUGUGUUGUUUAACCAGGCAUUGGCUGCAGUUCUGUGCCAUGAGUUCUAUGUGAACAAAUUCAGCUGCUACCCAACACAUCGAAAAGCAUUUAUACCAUUUCUUUUUUAGAACCUUUAUUUUUGUUAAAUAUGUCUUUAAUGCAACCUGUGAAAUGCUGUUUAAAAGGUAAUGGAAGACUGAGGUUCUCAGGAGUAUGUGUAAUGCAACUGUUACAGAAGCUGUGGUGAAACAAUACUUACUGUCUGAUUCCAGCUCAAAGCUACACAGGACUUUAAUGAAAAAAAAAAAGUUUCAUUUUGAUUUAAUGAUAAAGUAUCUGUGACAGAUACUGCUCUGCUUCCCCCCCCCCCCCAUCGUCUUGCCUGUGUUUUCCAUCUCUGCAGCCCUGGUUCAGUGUACUUUUUCUUUUUUCAUGGCUGUGUGUGGCUGAGUGAGAGAUAAACACAGCUGCAGAUUUCUUGUCUAGGGCCAUGACUUUGGACUGGGGCCAGUGUAGCGUCUUAUUGUCAGGCUGAGCUAGCUACAGUGUUGAGUUAACCUGUUCUCUGCUCUCUUCCUCUGUCCCCUUUGGCCUCUUGCAAUCUGCAAAGGAAUCUUCCAUUUCACACUCACACCUUUGACUCUUCCCAAAAUGUCCUGCGAUUUUUGCAACAGCGUUAGCAAUAUACAGUGAUGACCUGCCUCCCGCCGGGGGACCAUUGGGGUGUGACAUAUCUACAGUAUAUACAAUCUGAACUGUACAUGGUAUUAAAGACCACAGUUAAAAUGCAAGAAUUGCUGAUGUUUAACAUUUGUAUAUUUGACAUUCAUGUGUAAUAUUUAAACCACUUUCAUUGCUGUUAUGUAGCAAGCCAAAGUGUGUGCCUGUAUUUUAUAUGUAACACACACAUGUAUGUAGGGAAGGGAAGGUGCUCAAAGUGAGGAGAAACCACUGUAUUUCAUCUCUUAACUAAUAUUUUAAAAGAAAACUAUACUCAUCCCCCACAUACCGUGACCAUAAAAGAAGCAAACUGUUAAAGAAUAUGGUGCAUUGCCUCUAAAUAUUUUCCUAUGGAUAAUUUUGAAAGUAGUUGGUGGUAUUAGAGGAGAGUGAGUAUGGGAUUAAUGGGGAGAGGAAACUAGGAUAUUUUGAAUAUAAGGAUAAGAGACUCCCACUUAUGACUGUUGCAUUUUUUGCUAAUAUAUAUUUGUUUCAAUUCACAUCUUUCAGAAAUACCAAAUACAAUAAAAGGUUGAGAAAUCUC